CGUGCAAGCCCCUUGGCUUGUGUGUCUCCCACUCUGAUAGGCCCUGUGUGUGUCACAUUGGGGUGUUACCUUGCAGACUCAGAGUGCUGUCAGCUCAGUUCCUCCCAUCAUUACUGACAGAUAACAGGAAAAGAAAAGUAUCAGUACUGUCCUACAGCUACCACUCAAAAUAUACUCGGGCGUACACAUACUGGUGACCAGACAAAAUGAUCCCGCCACUGGCAUGGACACUGUUGAUAGUAUCAUUGUUGACAUCAGGUUCGAGCGAGAUACUGCAACAAGAAACCAUCAAGGUUCUUUAUCCUAAAAUCAGCAGCACAGAGAAUAUUGAUUGUGAAUGCAACAUGUCCUUUGAGUCUGUCCACUGGUUUCGCAGUAUUUCCAAGUACAGCAAAAUUCAGUACAUUGGCAAGUGCAACAACGCUGAUCGUGAUUUCUAUGGGACUGAUGUGGACAAAGCACGGUACAAAAUAAGCAGGAAGAGUAAUUCGUUUUCGCUACGAAUCCACAAUGUGACAGAGGAGGACACAGGGAUUUAUUCUUGUGUUCUUAAGGGCAAAAAAACCAUGGAAGUAUGGAAGUCUGGGAUUCUUCUUCAGCCAGGAGUGCCCCCUCCAACCUUACCUCCUAAGAUUCAAAAACCCAAACCACCAACCAAGCCACGCUGUACCUGCCCUAAGAAGAAUCCUUCACAAGAUGGCUGCGACUCCCUGAUUCUGUGGCCAUUGGUCGGACUUAUGGCGGCCCUGACUCUAGCUCUCGUCUGCACACUGUACUACUUCAGCCGGCUACCCAAAAAAUGUCGACAUCACUUUGUGAAGAAGCGGUAGAUGACCUAAAGCACUUCGUAUACAGCUCAUGUCUAACUCAAAUGACUGAAGUAUUUCACUUGUUCCAACAUCCAGUGGACCAUGAGAGACAUGCUUCACCCUGAAGACCUGUUCUGCUAACAACAUGUCAUGUUUAUUUACAGUGAAAUGUGCACUCAGUUUUCAGCAGCAGCAAACAUGUAACAUAUUGUGAUAUAUUGACUGGCUUUUGACAGCUCCAGAGCUCCGCCAUCUGUGCUGUACAAGCGCUUUAACUUUAACUCCAGAAUAGUUUUGAUUUCUCAAUAAUCAAUAUGCAGACGACAACAUUUAUUUCGUUUUUUUUUUUUUUUCAAUUCAGAAAGUUUGUGAUCUGUAGCUUUGGAUUUUAGAUUAUUAUUAAACCAGGACAAAACAGGGCAGUAUUUUUUUUUCUCAUAGCCAAAACUAAUCUGUUUGUUAACAUACAAAAUGCAUAUGAAAUCCAGUAUUUUCCCAUUUUCUUUUUGCUCUCUUCUGUAUUUAUUUGUACCUUUGUGUCUUCAUUUCAAAGACAUACCUAUUUUGAAGACAACAGCACUGUCAAGUAGAUUUUCAUGCUUUGAUAAUUCUGUUAAAUCAAUAAAAUUGUAUAUUUUGAA